AUGGUCAAAGAUAUCGUCCCCAAGGCCAAGGCUGGCUUGCCGGCAGAUUUCCUUUGGGGCUUUGCCACGGCAGCAUAUCAAAUCGAAGGAGCCACUACCGCCGACGGCCGCGGUCCUUCAAUCUGGGACCAGUUCUGCGCCACGCCCGGCAAAAUCGCCGACGGCACUUCAGGCGCCGUAGCGUGUGACUCGUACCAUCGCACCGCACAGGACAUUGCACUGCUAAAGAAGACGGGCGCCCGAGCAUAUCGCUUCUCGGUUUCCUGGUCACGCAUCAUUCCUCUCGGCGGACGCCACGACCCGGUCAACCCGGCCGGCGUGGCAUACUACGUCCAGCUCGUGGACGAUCUGCUGACGGCCGGCAUUGUGCCGUUCGUCACCCUCUUCCACUGGGAUCUGCCGGAGGCGCUGUACCGGCGGUACGGCGGGUUUCUCAACAAGGACGAAUUCGUGGCGGAUUUCGCCCACUAUGCCCGCGUCGUGUUUGAUGCUUUGGGCCCGCGCGUCAAGCAUUGGAUCACCUUCAACGAACCCUUCUGCUCUGCCAUCCUGGGCUACCAUCUGGGCAUCCACGCCCCUGGCCACACGAGCGAUCGCACCAGGAGUCCCGUCGGCGACGGCAGCACCGAGCCUUGGAUCGUCGGCCAUAAUAUCCUGAUCGCCCACGCCACGGCGGUCAAGGUGUACCGCGAAGAAUUUAAGGCGCAGGCAGGAGGAGAGAUUGGCAUUACAUUGAAUGGUGACUGGACCGAACCAUGGGACCCCGACGACGCCCGCGACCACCUCGCAUGCGAGCGCAAGAUCGAAUUCGCCAUCUCGUGGUUCGCCGACCCCAUCUAUUUCGGCCACUACCCAGCAUCGAUGGUGUCGCAACUCGGCGACCGACUGCCGCGGUUCAGCCAGGAAGAAAGCCGACUCGUGGCCGGGUCCAACGACUUCUACGGCAUGAACCACUACUGCGCCAACUUCGUGCGCCACCGCGACGGGCCGGCCGACGUCCUGGACAUUGCCGGCAACCUGGACAUUCUGAUGGAAGACAAGUUCGGCCGUGCUAUCGGGCCCGAGACCCAGAGCGCCUGGCUGCGGCCGCAUGCCCCGGGCUUCCGCAAGCUGAUCAAGUGGUUGAGUGAUCGGUAUGGUCGGCCUAAGAUCUACGUGACUGAGAAUGGGACCAGCAUCAAGGGCGAGAAUGAGCUGCCUAUGGAGAAGAUCUUGCAGGAUGACUUCCGCGUCGAGUAUUUCCGCAGCUAUAUCCAGGCUAUGGCGGAGGCUGUGGCUGAGGAUGGGUGUGAUUGUCGAGGGUAUAUGGCUUGGAGUUUGAUGGAUAACUUUGAAUGGGCCGAAGGCUACGAGACUCGCUUCGGCGCCACGUACGUCGACUACGACAACGGACAGCAGCGGUAUCCGAAGAAGAGUGCUUUGGAGAUUGGGAAGAUCUUUGGGCAAUAUAUUGGCAAGGUCUAG